AUGGGUUCCCAAACAGCUUGCAAGGUUCCUGUUGUGGACUUCACUGAUGAGAAGUUGAAGCCUGGUACAGAAACGUGGGCUUCAGCAUGCCAUGUGAUUCGGAGUGCACUUGAGGAUCAUGGUUUUUUUUAUGCUCUGUGUGAUAAAGUUCCCAUGGAGCUAUACAACUCUGUUUUUACUCUAAUGGAAGAACUAUUUGAUCUUCCAUUGGAAACAAAAAUGCAAAAGACCAGUGAUAAGCCCUAUCAUGGUUAUUAUGGACAAAGUGUCCAUGCUCCUCUAUAUGAAUCCCAAGGAAUCAAUGAUCCAUUAUCCAUGGAAGGAGUUCAAAAGUUCACCAAACUUAUGUGGCCAUCAGGAUAUGAUCAUUUCUGUGAGACACUCAAUCUCUAUGCAAAGCUGCUAAUAGAAUUAGACCAUAUCACUAAGCGAAUGGUGUUUGAUGGCUAUGGUGUGGACCAAAGGCACUGUGAUUCCCUACUUAAAUCAACCAAUUACAUGCUUCGGAGCUUCAAAUACAAACUGCCGCAGAAGGAUGACAAUAAUUUGGGAUUGCAUGCUCACACGGACACUUCUUUCUUUACCAUUUUGCAUCAGAAUAAUGUAAUUGGUUUGCAAGUAAAAUUGAAAAAUGGAGAGUGGAUUGAUGCUGAUCCCUCACCCUUCAUGUUUCUGAUCCUGGCUGGCGAUGCAUUUAAGGUUUGGAGUAACGACAGGAUACGAUGUUGUGAACACCGAGUCAUAAUAAGUGCAAAGAAGGUAAGGUACUCAAUGGGACUGUUUUCACUUGGCGAUAAGAUGGUUCAAACACAAGAAGAGUUAGUUGAUGAAGAGCAUCCAAGACGUUAUAAGCCAUUUGAUCAUUAUGAUUACCUACGUUUCUAUGCCACAAAAAAGGCCUUAGAAUCAGAGUGUCGAAUCAAAGCAUAUUGUGGCAUAGACUAUGCUGAUGAAAAGUGA